AUGUUUUUACUCUUUCUUUCAAACAAUGCAGCGCUAAGCAGGGCUAAGACAAUUGUGGAAAAAGUGAGUAUUAGAAAUGGAAAUGGAAUUAGAAAAUGGAAUAAAAGCAAUCAAGUUUCAGUGCUUGCUUCAUUAAAAAGCUGUAUAUUAUGGACGACGCUUGGAUUAGCAGGUGGAGCAUUCUUGAAAUACAAUAUAUAUAAGAGAAACUCAAAUCGAGAAGUUCUAAAAAUUUUGAUAUUCAACGAACUGAGCUUCAAUUGUCCCAGCAGACAUGUUAAGAACCAGGGGUCUGAUCAUUGCAGCAAAUAUUGCUGCAGGCGUCACAUACAACAGAUCAUUCAACAAAUCGAUGGGGCCGUAUAUGCUAUAGACAUUGCCAUCUACACAUUUACAAUCAGUGAAUUACUGACUGCAUUUUCUCGAGCGUUGAGCCGUGGUGUCGUAAUACGCGUUAUUACCGAUCUCGAAAUGAUUAACUCUUCUGGCUCUAAGAUCUUGACCUUAUUCAACUCCGGUGCUGAGGUUCGUACACCAGCGUCAACGGCUAUGAUGCACCACAAAUUCCUGGUGAUUGAUGAAGAUUCACGUGUAAAGCAACUUUUGCAAUGUAGGGGCAAACCAACUAAGCUACAAGCUUCUUUUGGUAUUAUGUUCUAUGGCUCCGCCAACUGGACAGCUCAAGGCUUUAAUGGCAACUGGGAGAACGGUGUGAUCACCUCCGAUAAACUCUUACUGAGUCGAUUUCAAACAGAAUUUGACAGAAUGUGGGAAUCCUUUGUACAAUUUUCGCCACCCAAACCAAAAAGGUUUAGUAAUCAAUGUACAUAGUUUAUUGACUUAAUCUAGCUAAUUAUUCUGAGAGUCAAGACCACAGUUAUAAAUAUUUUUUAACUA